CUCCGCUCUGAGGGGAGAGAAAGACGCCUCUCGGCCGCCUCCUCCUCCUCCUCCCUUCCCUGGCGUCCCUCGGUUACCAGGCAGCGGCUGGCGAAGCGCUCUGAGGGGAGCGGCCCGCCGGCCUCCUCUGCCGGCUUCUCGGGGGAGAGAAGGCCGAGGCGCCGGGCGAGGAGGAUCCUGGGCGGGCCCGUGGCGGCGGGAAAGGCCUCCGGCGGCGCCGCCUCCGCUUCUGGGGCAGGUAAAGAGCUUCCCUCCCUGCCCCUCCGCGUCUCGAGGCCGGGCAGCUGAGCGCAGAACGGGGCAGGGCUCCAGGGGGGCAUCUAGUCGAGCCCACGACCCCGAGAGGGGCGAAAGGAAAGACCCAAGAAAGCCAGGCGGCCCCCUCCCAGCAGGGCUUCCCCGAGGGACACCCCCCCCGGCCCCGCAUGGAAGCAGUCUUCCUUGCACAGCAAUUCAUUUGGGUGCAGUUGUUCUUUAAUGGGUCUCCUCAUACUCCUCAAGCAACAGGAUCAUGGAUCAUUUUAAUGGCGACAAUACACAAAUAAGUUCUUCUUAGCCCUCAGGCAGGGAGCCGGCUCAGCUUCUUUCCCAGGUGUCCCCUGCAGCUCCUGUGCUCCAUUUCUAAAGAAAAGCCCCCCAGGGGAACCAGAUGCCAAAGGAGGGACAGGGCCUUCAGGGGGUGAUUUGGCAGGAGCAGGUGGCCGUGCAAAGGGAAGAAAAGCCCAAGUUGGAAGAGGCACAAAGUGUCCUCUAGUCCAAUCCCCCUGGGUAGGCAGUCAAAAUGUCAAUUAAACAUGAACUGUUAAAAAACUAUUAUACUAAGCCCAUAAGGUACAUGCUUUUAACUUGUGCACAGCCAGCUUAAUGUGUGUGGCAAAAUUAUUAUUAUUAUUAAUAAAAAGGAUUAUAUUGGUGAGAGGACUCUUAGUAUCUGUUUGCAGAUGCACAGUUGUCAUUUAAUGCAUGUGGCUGCUGCAUCUUUAUAUUCAGAGUUUCCCGUUUUCCUUAUUUUUCUCCUUUUCCUAACUAUUUCCUCAGAUCAGGGGUAGGCAACCUAAGGCCCGGGGCAGGAUGCAGCCCAAUCGCCUUCUCAAUCCGGCCCACGGACGGUCCGGGAUUCAGCGUGUUUUUACAUGAGUAGAAUGUGUGCGUUUAUUGACAAUGCAUCUCUGGGUUAUUUGUGGAGCAUAGGAAUUUGUUCCUAUAUUUUUCCCCAAAAUAUAGUCUGGCCCACCACAUGGUCUGAGGGACGGUGGACCAGCCCACGGCUGAACAAGGUUGCUGAUCCCUGCCUCAGAUCCUUAAUGGCCUGGUCUUUUAUUGCAGCAGAAAUAAAAUCUAUUGAAUGUUUUUGAACCACUGAGGUUUCUUGGGGUGCCUAUUCCUUUUAGUAGCAUGGUACAGUGGUGCCCCGCAAGAUGAAUGCCUCGCAAGACGGAAAACCCGCUAGACGAAAGGGUUUUCCGUUUUUGAGUUGCUUCGCAGGAUGAAUUUCCCUAUGGGCUUGCUUCGCAAGACGAAAAUGUCUUGCAAGUCUUGAGAUUUUUUUCGCUUCGCCCCCUUUAUCUAACCUGCUAAGCCUUUAAUAGCCGUUAAUAGCCUUUUAGCAGCUAAUCCCCUAAGCCUUUAAGCCUUUAAUAGCCGCUAAACCGCUAAUAGCGCUAAUAGCGCUAAUCCGUCAAUGGGCUUGCUUCGCAAGACGAAAAAACCGCUAGACGAAGACUCUAGCGGAACGGAUUAAUUUCGUCUUGCGAGGCACCACUGUACAAUACAAUUCUGCUGUCCACAAUCAAAUCCCUCGAUCUAUAAAGUCCAUUCCUCUUCCAGCAUCUAUGUUUAUCGAAGCCGUGAAACAGUGUUUCCUUCAGUUCUAUUUUCUUGAUAGGUAAGUGCUCUUUAAGACCUUGCAGAAUGCUUUGAUCUCUUUUCCAGUAUCUGAUGUCAGUCACGGACUGGAUAAGGCUGAACGAGUUGAGGCUUAAUCCAGACAAAACAUUGGCGCUCCUGGUCAGUUGGAAGAAGGCUCAGGGAAUAAGAAUUCAAGCUGUGUUGGAUGGGGUUUCACUCCCCUUGAAGAGUCGGGCUCACGGUUUGGGUGUACUCCUGGAUUCGGUCCUGAACUUGGAUCUCCACGUUCUCCAUAAUUAUGGCUUAUGCGCCAAAUGCGCCCACUGGGACACAUGCCAGCUGAACUACUGUAACGUGUUGUGUGUGGGGUUGCCCCUGUUAAAACAACUUCACUGGCUGCUGGUCCGUUUCUGAGCACAAUUCCAAGUGUUGGUUAUAUAGCUUUGGCCCAGGCCGCAUGAAAUAUAUUUCGCUGGUACUAAGAUCCUUGGGUGAGCAACUUCUCUCAGUGCCACCAGCAUCAAAGGCAUGGCAAGGGAGAAUGUUUUUCUGUGUCUGCUCAGUGUGGCGUUCGUACGGAGCCCCCGGUCGUCUCACGGACUAUUGACCCGUACACCACUAACCCAAGUCAGUGACUAUUUCACUAGCAAAGCCCAAUCUACUCAUAUCGUUAAUUAAAGCAGUUGCCAUCGUUUCCGUUUCAAUGUUUUGCAACGGAAUGGCUUCUGGAUAUUUGGUUGUGUAAUCCACUAUGGUGAGGAUGUGUAUGUUUCCCCGCCUCCUGGCUCUAGGCAAUGGCCCUAUCAGGUCCAGCCCUAACCGUUGAAAAGGGGUUGAUAUGAUAGGCAAGGGGCACAAUUUGGCUUUUGUUUUGUCUUGACCAGUGCCUCUUCUCUGACAUAUGUCACAGGCUUGACAGUAUUGCCUGGCCAAUAAAAAUUUUGAGCCACUCUCCAUUUUGUAUGUGUAAUACCCAUAUGCGCUCCAAAUACACUAUUGUGAGCGUGCUGCAGGAUUUUGCCUCGGUAUUCAUGUGGGAUUACUAACUGUCUUCUCACUUCUUCACCCCGCCUACAUGGUGGGGCAAGGACUUCUCGAUAUAAAAGGUCCCUGCUCAAACAAAACCGUUCUGGGCACUCAGGAGUUAGCGGCCUCUCUGACUCGGCUGCCUCAAAGCACAUUUGUGACUCAGUACCUUCUUUUUGCUUUUUGGCAAAACUUGGGAGUUUGACUUUUAGUCAAAGGAAACAAAAAGGUGUUUUUUCUUUCCUCACACUGAUCAUCCCCUGGCUGUCCUUCAGCACUGUCUGCCUCUGCUACUGUAUCCACCCCUCAGGAUUAGGUGACUGUGGGCUCCCUUUUGCUCUGGUAACUAUGAAAGCACUCUGCACAUGUUCUAAAAUGUCCCAACCAAUGAGCACAGGGGCGGGAAUUUCUUCCCAAAGGGCUACCUGCCACUUCCCUGCCCAGAUUUUGAACCUGACAUCUAUUUCCGCCACCUUUAGGAUCUCUGCUUGUUUCGAAAUUCCUUUUAAUUUCAUUACUUUUCCUGGAAUUAUGGCCUCAUCCUUGAUUAUCUCCAGGGGGACUAUAGUGACUUGUGAUCCCGCAUCCUUUAACCCGAGAUAUCUUUUUCCGUCUAUCCAGAUAUACUCUCCAGCGUUCUUUAACAAGAGAUUAUCUUGUUGAAUCGCAUAACAGUGCAGGACUUUGGCUUCUACUACCUCAGCAGGCUCAGGCCUAGUUGGCAUGGCCGUUCCCUUGACAACCUGACUAGUCUGGCCCUGCUCCACAGGCUGCAUACAAUAUGUUCGUUUCUGUGUGGUGCUAUAACUAGAUGUUUCUUUUCCUGUUUUACAAUCAAAACUUUUAUGACCUAAUUUUCCACAUCUCCAGCAUGAAAUGUCUUUGGGUCCUGCAUAACUUGUUUUAUUGACUUUUCUCUCAGUAAACUUUGUAAGGGUGUGUGCCUUCUCAUGUGGGCUGUUCGAUGAGGGGCUGCUUCUCUUAUCAGUUUCUGAGGUAAUCUUUCCUUUGGUUUGCUGAAAUGUAUUCUUGUUUGUUUCCCAAUAUCUUCCACCAAAUUUUGGCCCAUCAAAUCCAUGGUCUCUGAUUUCAUUUAUUUUACCGGCUAAACCAGCUGCUUCCUCUAUUGUCUUGGGGUUCCUUUCUUUUAUCAGGUACUUCAAUUGGCCAUUUAUUGUGUUGUAAAAUUGCUCCAACGCUAUCACUUCUCUAAUCUUAGGUACCGUGUCUGCAUUCUCUUGCUCUAACCAUCUUGUGAGGUAAGUUUUUAUCUUUGCACCCACCUGCGCACAGGUUUCCUCCCUCACCUUUGUCACACUUCUAAAGUUUUUUCUCAACUGCUCUGAGGUAAUCCCAGAGUACACCUGCUUGUACACCUCAAAAUUUUGGGAUUGUUCCUCAGUCAUUUGAGCGUAUAUUUCAGCCAGAGGACCGCUUAUCCUAGCUCUCAAGAUCAUCAUUUUAUCUUCCUCUCUCACUUGAAAAUCGUGACAGGCUCUCUCGAAGGAUACUAGAUAUGCUUCUGGGCUAUCCUUAUCUCUAAACUCAGGAAAGCAUUUUAAAUCUAUCUUCAUUUGAUUCUACCCAUCGGUAUUAUUACUAUUUUUACGAUUUGUGUCCAGUUCUGGGCACCACAGUUCAAGAAGGACACUGACAAACUGGAACGUGUCCAGAGGAGGGCAACCAAAAUGGUCAAAGGCCUGGAAGCGAUGCCUUAUGAGGAACGGCUAAGGGAGCUGGGCAUGUUUAGCCUGGAGAAGAGGAGGUUAAGGGGUGAUAUGAUAGCCAUGUUCAAAUACAGUGGUGCCUCGCAAGACGAAAUUAAUUCGUUCUGCGAGUUUUUUCGUCUUGCAAAUUUUUCGUCUUGCGAAGCACGGUUUCCCAUAGGAAUGCAUUGAAAAUCAAAAAGUGCUACCACACCUCAAAAACCUCAAAAAAGGCUACCACACCGCAUGCCAUGAGUUGUUCCUCGAAGUCAAGUCGCAACUGCACCUCUUCAAGCAAUGCAUCCUGGGUAUUAACGGUUUUAAGAAAAGGAAACAAACUUGCAAGACAUUUUUGUCUUGCGAAGCAAGCCCAUAGGGAAAUUCGUCUUGCGAAGCAACUCAGAAAACGAAAAACUCUUUUGUCUUGCGAGUUUUUCGUCUUGCGAGGCAUUCGUCUUGCGAGGUACCACUGUAUAUAAAAGGAUGUCACAUAGAGGAGGGAGAAAGGUUGUUUUCUGCUGCUCCAGAGAAGCAGACACGGAGCAAUGGAUCCAAACUACAAGAAAGAAGAUUCCACCUAAACAUUAGGAAGAACUUCCUGACAGUAAGAGCUGUUUGACAGUGGCAUUUGCUGCCAAGGAGUGUGGUGGAGUCUCCUUCUUUGGAGGUCUUUAAGCAGAGGCUUGACAACCAUAUGUCAGGAGUGCUCUGAUGGUGUUUCCUGCUUGGCAGGGGGUUGGACUCGAUGGCCCUUGUGGUCUCUUCCAACUCUAUGAUUCUAUGAUUUUCUAAAACCGUUAAUUCCGACUGUCUCAUCUCUAACUGAAACUGCUGCUGUUCCCUUUCUUUUACCAAUUCUUGCUCAAGCCUCAAUAGUUCAGUUUCUUGCUCAGCCCUCAAUUUUUCCUUUCCCAAUUCCUGCUCCAGCCUAAAUUUUUCUUGUUCAGUUCUAUUUUUCUCAAGCUCUAAUUUCAAGUUAUAUUCUUGUACUAAUUUCCACUUUUCAAAAUCCUCUGAGAACUGUGGAACUUCUACUUCAGGUGGGGUUUUAGUCAUCUCUUCUAUUCUCGUUUCCUCCCCCUGGGGAUUCCCCUUCUCUUCUCCAGAGCUUUCAUGUGGGUUUUCUCUCACUGGGUGCUUGGUCUUCUUGGGUGGCAUUAUGGGUGAGUCAGUAUUUUGCGCUAAUUAAAUAAGAGACUUUGACUCUCAACACUGUUCCUCCCGGCUUGGCUUUUCAAGACCCUGGUCCCCAAAGUAUAGCUUUAGGUUUUUGCCUCUAACCCUUCAAGCUUCCUUCCACUGACCCCGAGCCUAAGCCUCCGCCAGAACAGUCUUUUGAGAUCUCUUGCUCUUAUUGUUAUCUCGGCCUUGCAGCAAUCUGGGGUUUAUCCUCAAUCACACCCUCGGGCCAGGUAAUCUCUUCCCCGAUUUACCCUUCCCCUCUCCAGGUGUAUUGCUUCCCCUCACCGGCUCUUAGACUUAUCGAAUCCCACCGCUGCCACCAAUUUUGUGGCGUUCGUACGGAGCCCCCGGUCGUCUCACGGACUAUUGACCCGUACACCACUAAUCCGCUGCCACCAACCAGGUCCUGCCUGGUAAAAUCUCUUCAGUCUCAGUCAGCUUUUCAAUUAAUAAAGAAGAAUGUAUUUUAUUUCAGACUUAAAACAAAACUUUUACGGUAUUCCAAACGUUGUUGCUCUUUACAGUGGUGCCUCGCAAGACGAAAUUAAUUCGUUCCGCGAGUUUUGUCGUCUUGCGAUUUUUUCCGUCUUGCGAAGCACGGUGUCGGGAAAGUUUUGGAAAAGCUUCAAAAAUCACCAAAGUCUUUAAAAACCUCAAAAAAGGCUACCACACCGCGUUCUAUCAGUUGCUCCUCGAAGUCAAGUCGCAACUGUAUUAAUGGUGUUAAGAAAAAGGAAACAAACUUGCAAGACGUUUCCGUCUUGCGAAGCAAGCCCAUAGGGAAAAUCGUCUUGCGAAGCAGCUCAAAAAACAAAAAACCCUUUCGUCUAGCGAGUUUUUUGUCUUGCGAGGCAUUCGUCUUGCGAGGUACCACUGUACUUUCUUAGUCUUAUUUUCCUCACUCUAUCUCUUCUACCUCCCCACACUCAAGAACCCACAGCCCUAACUGUCUCUCUAUUACCAACUGCCUUUCCCAACCAGCCAACCAACUGCUCACCCACAAUUCCCAACAAACUCCUCCCAGAACUCCUCCCAGAACCCACUGACUCCACCCCCCUGGGUCCUGUCUGUGCAAACUAUUUAACUAUUUCCCCUCCAGCACUCUCUCAUAUAUGUUAAUGUCACACUCACAUAUUGUGGAAUUCUCUCCCAGAAGAAGUUAGAUUGGCUUCCCCUUUGUUCUCUUUCUGCUGACAGGCUAAGACCUUCUUAUUCAGACAGGCAUUUGGAACCGAAGGGGCAGAUGAUGUUGACCACGGAGCUGCUAUCAGGGCAAACUGAAUUUUGAUGCUGGUUUUCAAUGUGUGUGUCGUUGCAUUUUAACUGUUGUUGUUAACUAUUUGGUUUUUGUUACUUUGUAUUCUAGAAUUGGGACGCGGGUCUAAACCACUGAGCCUAGGGCUUGCCGAUCAGAAGGUCGGCGGUUCAAAUCCCCGCAACGGUGUGAGCUCCUGUUGCCCCUGCCAACCUAGCAGUCCGAAAGCAUGUCAAGUGCAAGUAGAUAAAUAGGUACCACUCCGGCGAGAAGGUACAUGGCGUUUGCGUGCGCCGCUCUGUGCGCCGCUUUUGUGACUUGGCACACAUUGUCAUUAAAUUUUGUAAUUUUUUUCAUUUAGUGCAGAAAUGCAUGUUGGCUAUUUUUUAUUUUUUAUUUUUUAUUAUUAUUAUUAUUAUUAUUAUAACAUUGGUAGAGUGAAACUUUAAAAAAUGAAAAAGGAUUAUAGCACUACUUAAAAUAAAUUAUUAAAACACCUCUUUUCCAGCCGCUAGCAUUUUACUAAUUCCCCCUCCCCAAAUAAACUUUCAAUCUCAAAACAUGCCUUAAAAGCCGUGAGAGAAAUUGGGCAGUCAUACUUUAAUAAAUAAGCGCUAUAGUGCAAAUUAAAUAUCUUUUUUAAAAAGGCUGCAUUGGUGAGUUGUACCUUCUAUGCCCAGAGUGCCAUGUUCUAUCCCUGCUGGGCUAAAUAUAGCAGGAUUAAAAUGUUCUAAUAUUUUAUUUCUUUUCUUCCCAUUAAAUGCUAUUUAUUUGUGGAAAUUAUUUCACAUACUGGCAGCCCCUCAUUUAGGCGUGUUCAAUAUGUAUGUGACCAUGUAUAUGUGCAUCGUUCUGAACAGGAAGUGACCCGGAAAUGUCAUAAAGAUGUUACUGAAAUGUCACUGAAAAAGGGGGGGGGUUGUUGCAGGCUUUUCCAAUGGGUUUCAAUUAUACAUGAUUUCAUCGAUGCACGUGGUGCCUCAGAACGUAACCCCCACGUAAAUGAGGGACUGCCUGUAUUCACCUGUAUCAGUUUUCCCCGUUUAAAUUAAGAUGCAUUUUUUUUUACUUUUAGGAUAAUGGCAGGAAAAGUCAAAUGGGUUACUGACAUAGAGAAAUCUGUGCUUAUAAACAACUUUGAGAAGAGGGGAUGGGUCCAAGUGUCAGAAAAUGAAGACUGGAAUUUUUACUGGUAAGCAGUGUGUGUGUGUGUUGUGGAACAUGUUGCAUACAUAAUUACACUUAUUUGGGAGUAAGCCCCAUUGAACUCAGUACCUCCCAAUACAAAUUAACCUGGACCCUGAGGCCCUUCUUCAUGUGCCCCCUCCAUGAGAGGGCCGGAGGGUAGCAACACGAGAGCGGGCCUUUUUUGUGGUGACUCCCUUUUUGUGGGAUGCUCUCUGGGGAGGUUCACCUAGUGCCUUCAUUACGUACGGUAUAUUUAGGCACUAGGCAAAACACUCCUCUUCUCCUAGGCCUUGGGCUAAUUCAACAAUCUUUGGCCUUUCAAACCUGGGGGGGGGGGGGGUUAAUAUAUUUUUGUUUGUUAUCAUGGUAUAUAUUUUUGUGUUUUUAAAUAUAUGGUCAUCUAAUUCCAGUGUAUGAGAAGAGCAUCUUGUUAGGGUUCAGUUCAUCAGUGGUUUAUAUUCAUGCAGUUUUCAGAAACUGCUCACUCCACUUAUACCAUAAUUUGGAGAGGCAGCAGGUACGUGCGAACCCCCUCCUGUUGUAAUGAUUCCUGGGGGAAAGCAGAGCUUGGAAUGCAGAAUAACGAGAUAAUUUGUAGGGUACAACAACAAUUUAUAGAAUGCCUGCUCCACCUUCAAGAAUGACUGCCUUUUGGAAAUUCUCUGGAGAAGAGGUGGUAAGAAGAGUGAAGUAGAUUUCUUAUUAGAUGUCUUCCAGUUUUUUCUUCUGAUCAUAUUUAAUGCAAAGGCCAGCCUGAUUCCUAUCAGGUUGUGAGUUGCAUAUUUUGGGGGAAGCCCAGUGACAAUUUUCUCUUCACAGGAUGAGUGUGCAAACUAUUCGAAAUGUUUUCAGCGUGGAGACUGGUUACCGCCUCUCUGAUGACCAGAUUGUCAACCAUUUCCCAAAUCACUAUGAGCUCACCCGAAAGGACUUAAUGGUCAAAAAUAUUAAGAGGUACAGGAAGGAAUUAGAAAAAGAAGGUAGCCCUCUUGCAGAGAAAGAUGAAAAUGGAAAAUACCUUUACUUAGGUGAGUUGUCUUGGCCAAUUCUACUAUUUGUAUGUGCAUUUUAAACACAAGACAUCCCUCAGUAGCAUAUAAUAGAUAUUCAGAAAUUUGGAUCUUUGCCAUCCAGUUCACACAUCACAUUAAAUCAUUGUUUAACUUACUGUGGAGCAGGGUGUCUGGUGCAGCUGCUCAAAAAGACCAUGGUUCGUUCUCCUUCCCUCCUUUCUGAUGGUGAGGAAACAAAUCAGAGGCGGGCUAGCUGUUUUGUGGAAAGCAGUCCUUGUGGUUUGUUUGUCUCCUAACAAAUCAUGAUGGGGUUAGUUCUUGGCUUACCAUUGUGGUUUGGUAGGCGACAAGGUCUGCUCUUGGCUUACCAUAAUAGUUUGUUGGGAAACAUGUGUGAACCGGCACAUGCUGUUUGUAUAACGGCAAGCCAACCUCUGGUUUGAUUUCUCGCUGGUGGACUGAAGGGACGAACAAAGUGUGCAUUUCCUUUAAGCCAUACUGAAUCUUAUACUGUGACUUAAAGUGGUGUCUGAACCAGGCCUGUGGUUUUCCAGAGAAUUCUGCAGCUUACUCAUCUCUCCAUGUGUCUUGCUCUGCUCAAGGUCAGUGACCACAUACACAACAGUUCAGGGGAAAUGUAAGCACUUCAAAAGCUCUUAAUUGUGUAGAGCACAUCUUCUCAGGUAGUAGGUAGUAGGAUAGCUUCAGUGUGAGGGUCUGAGGAACAAAUUUAUUUCAUGAAAGAUCCCCUAAAGGCAAGUUGAGAGUGGUUUUUUGCCUGUCCAGACUGUGUAUGAGAGAGCAUUAAGAUAAAAACAUCAGUGAUUUUUUUGAACCACAUUUCAGUUAAAAUACAACUGAGACAUGAGGGCUCAGAUAACGUUGCUUUGAGGCCGGUACUUAGCUCAAUAGGCCACAUGUCAGUCGUGAAUCAGCUGAGACAGAUUUCUGAAAACGUCACAUGGGCAAGGUUUCUGAAGCAUAUUUUUGCAGAUUUAAAAGAGCAGACAUAUUGAACACAGCCUUAUUGCAAGUCUUACUACAGUUUUCCAAUAGUGUGAGAAAAGAUGUAAUUUGUCCAAGAUUAUGAGAGGCUGGUAAUGGAGCAGGUGUUUAAAAUCAUGUUUGGUCUUUCCAAGAGUAUAAAAAACAGACAUGGCCUUGUUGAGGCCAUCAGUUGUAGAGCUUGCAGUCUGAUCCUAACCAAGGUGACUUGGGUAUAAGCCCAGUUGAUUUCAAUAGGAUUGACUUCCCAUUAUGUAUGCUUGGGUUUACAGCCUUAUUUGGCUGUCUAGAAUCAGACUUUUCCCAUAAUGCUUUUAGCAUUACUAUAGUAUGAGUUGAGAGAAUGCAACUCCAUUCUUAAUAUACUUACUAUCAAUUAAGGUUUAAAUAGACUUUCAGUAACUCUUGAUAGUGAAGUUCUGCAGAUACUCUUCGACUCAUGGUAAUCCUCUUAAGAUGGUGAACAACAAAAAAGUUAUUUCUCUGUCACCUGUUAAUUGGUCUAAACCAGGCUUCCUCAACCUUGGCCCGCCAGAUGUUUUUGGCCUACAACUUCCAUGAUCCCUAGCUAGGAGGACCAGUGGUCAGGGAUGAUGGGAAUUGUAGUCUCAAACAUCUGGAGGGCCAAGGUUGAGGAAGCCUGGUCGAAACUAUCCAAGCUUCUUUCUACUCUAGUAUUAAACAUGGAGUGCAGGUGUUGGAGAGAGGAUGAGCCCUGUCACUGCCAUCACCUUAACUAACAAACAAUGUAGACUAGGAGAGAAUGUGAACAGGGCUGCGUUUUCCCCUUUAGUUUUAUGUGUUGAUGUAUAUACUGUAUUAAAUAUUUUUAGAUGAUAAAUUCCUUUGGUACCGGUUCUUUGCAAAGCACUGUGUAAUUAAAUGGCACUCUGUAUAACUAUGCUAUAUUAAUUCUUGGUUUUCCUUGGUGCGUUUUAGACUUUGUGCCUGUCACCUUUAUGCUCCCAGCUGAUUACAAUUUAUUUGUUGAAGAAUUCCGGAAAAACCCUUCCAGUACUUGGAUUAUGAAACCCUGCGGAAAAGCUCAAGGGAAAGGAAUAUUCCUUAUCAACAAACUUUCCCAAAUUAAAAAAUGGUCUCGAGACAGCAAAACAUCCACGUAUGUUUCUUCAAAAAGGGGUGGGGUCUUGUUUAACUCUUUGUUGCAGUCUAGCACGUUUGUCUGAAUUUGUGACUUUCUUAUUUUGCUGGAAGGUCAUUCAUAAGUGCUUCAAACAGUUAUUACAGAUUACAGGGCACUUUACGUGUGUAAGAUAAAAAUGAAUCUAGAAAUAGGUGUACAGAAAAGAUGGGCCUAUAAAAUUGUAAGUUGUGGCACUGAUUGCUUUGGUAUAAUUGCAUGAAAUGAUUUUAGUGCCCUUUUUAAAGGAAGUGGAAGUUGUUUUGGGAAGCACCAAAUGACUAUUAACUGUGGUGGAUAGAGUUUUAAGAAUAUUCUCAAAACUUUUUGCCAGUCAGAUUAAGACAAAAGCUAUUAUAUUUAAAAACUUUUAUUUACAUUAAUGAGUCCUUGGAACUUCUUCCUAUAAAGUGUCCCGUAGCUGCAAGAAGCACUCUGUGAGCAGCACAUUGGUCGUCCUUGCUUUUAAAUGCUUGCGGUCUAGGGAAGUUCUUUCUUUUCUCGGAAAGAUUGAAUCAGUCCUAUCUGUCACCUCUUCUUGUUCAACAGUUCUGCAUAUAGCACUAAAAUAAAACUGCCUUUGUUACUGUUCUACAGCUAGUUUUACAAAUAAAAGCAAACAGUUGAAUGCAACUAGCACAUUUGAAAUAAUAAAAUAUACAUUUCCCUAGGUUUAUAUCUCAGUCCUCUAAAGAAGCUUAUGUGAUUUCUCUGUAUAUCAACAAUCCUCUACUGAUAGGUGGGAAGAAAUUUGACCUUCGCCUGUAUGUUUUAGUGUCUACUUACCGUCCUCUGAGAUGCUACAUGUAAGUUGUCCAUAUUCUGACGAUGUCCCUGUUUCAGGGUGAGAAGUGGCACUCUGGAAAUAAAAAGUGACGGAGGGUAAUUUUCAUCCAGAGUUGUGAGGAAGUUGUAUUUUAACUUGUUAUAUUUCCCUAUGCAUAUUGGCAAGCUGGAGGGGAAGGGAGAUUUUGAGUAACCCUGCUAAGUUUGUCAGAUGACAUUCUCCAAAAUAACCCCAUCUAGAAAUUGUCUUAUGUAUCCCAGCAGGGCAAAUCAUAAAGAAAACAAACAUUUGUUUGUUAUUUCUUCGGUAUGGAGAAUUUGUUUGAUCAGAUUUGCACUGACACAAAUUUGCACCCACAAAGGCAGGCAGUUUGCAGUUAUCUUCUCCCUGCAAGUCUGGAUGCAACCUCUGUGUCUCCUUCUCCCAGCUUGAAGGUGGUUUUGCUGGAAUUCACUUUUGUACAAUUUGGCAUUGCCCUGAAACUUUUCACUUUCCUUCAUUGAAGUCUGUUUCUUUGUUCCAUAUUGGCCAAGAUGUCUUUAGAAACUUUUGAAGUGCUUUAGUCUAAAUCUUUUUGAAUUAAUCUUCUAAUAUCUAGCUUUUAAUAUUAUCUCUGUAUUUUGUUGAGAAUCUCAAAGACUUCUGAAAUCAUAGUUUGAAGAAACCAUUCUUAUUCUCUAUCAUGGUUUGGAUAUGUAUACAGGGUAGGAGUUAGAUUGCUUAAUAUGUAUUUUAAAAAUCAGUCUCCUAAUCAGUUGAGUCAUAACGCCAGGUUGUUGGGGGGUUUUGGGGUGGGGAGAGAAUCCAGGAAGUAAUAGACCAGGCUUCCUCAACCUCGGCCCUCCAGAUGUUUUUGGCCUAUAACUCCCAUGAUCCCUAGCUAGCAGGAUGAUGGGAACUGUAGUCUCAAAACAUCUGGAGGGCCGAGGUUGAGGAAGCCUGUAAUAGGCCAGCAGUCAGAAUUCUGCAUUCUUUAAGAACUUUGGGAUGAAUAUCAUCCAGCCCUGGCACCUUGUUAACUUCUAAAUCUUUCCCUUUAGUGGACACAAUAUUUUGAUUCACUAAUAGAAAAAUAAACAGGAUUGCAAAAAGCAUUGAGAAAAAUUUAAUACCUCCUUAAUAUCAAUAUAUCCAGGACAGUUUAUAAGUUAAAAUAAAUAAAUAAAUUGGUGAACAAUAAAACCUGCCUCCUCCCUUUUUUGCAUUUCAGGUAUAAACUUGGGUUUUGUCGCUUUUGCACAGUAAAAUACACACCAAGCACAAGUGAAUUAGACAACAUGUUUGUGCAUCUUACCAAUGUUGCCAUUCAGAAGCAUGGGGUAAAGUUGGAACAUUUUUCUAUAAUGUAUAUUUAAAUUACUUUAAAUAAAUUUAUAAACUGAACAUAAGUAAUAAAAACACAGUACCUCAGUCCCUUGAUUACAACCUCUUUCCCAUUGUUGCUUUAGUGGACUUACAGUAAGUGCUGUUAAUUCCUGGGAGUUCUACCUCUGAGGGGAACAGGGUUCUCCUGGCAACUCUCAAACUCUUAGCAAACUGCAUUUCUCAGGCUUUUUUUUGGGGGGGAGGGUAACAAUCUGUUUAAAGUGGUACAAUUAUGUUUAAAAUGCACAGCACUGAUGGGGCCAAUGUCCCUGCUUCUCCAACUAGCUAUCCUGCAUACAAAACCUGACUGAAGACCAUUGUGACAGCUCCCUUUAUUCUUUCACAACAGUAUUGCUGUCCUUACUUACUCCAGAGUCUGGCUUGUGAACCUCCUGCUCUAUUAGAUCAACAAAGAACUGUUUGGAAAAUGUUGCGAGUGUGUUUACAGCUGAUAUCAAAUCUAUACUUUUUGAUUUGAUGCCUUGCCUCUGCAGGAUGAUUACAAUCACAUCCAUGGUGGUAAAUGGACGGUGAGCAAUCUGCGCUUGUAUUUAGAAAGCACUCGUGGGAAAGAGGUCACCAACAAGCUGUUUGAUGAAAUUCACUGGAUAAUUGUGCAGUCACUGAAAGCCGUUGCAGUGAGUAGAGAAACAAAAGAAAAAUAUGUUUUAUAAUGCUUCCUUCUGCUCUUCCCGGUUUGAAUAUUGAGGCUGUAAAUAUGUGUGCUUAUCUUUUCGGUGUCCUUUUUAAAAAAAGGCCACAGAGUUUAUUAAGCAGGCAGUACGCACGUUGUGUACAAAUAAGGACUAUAUAGGAACAUAAACGUAUCUCUGCUGGGCCAGGCCAGUGGCCCGUCUAGUCCAGUAUCCUGUUCUCACAGUAGCCAACCAGAUGCCCAUGGCAAGCCUGCAGGUAGGACCUGAUUGCAACCGUAUUCUCCACUUUCCAGAAACUGGUUUUCUGAACCAUGGUGCCUCUGAUCAUUGGCUAGGGGACACCGACAGCCUUGUCUUCUGUGAAUUUGGCUACACCUCUUUUAAUGCCAACAAAGUUGGUGGCCAUCAUUUUCCAUUGCAGGAGCAAAUCCCAUGUGCUGUGUGAAGUCCUUUCUGUUGUCUCUCAUGAAUCUUCCGACAUUCAGCUUCACUGGAUCUCCAUGAGUUCCUCGUGUUACGAGGGAGAAAGACUUUAAUUUAUCCCCUUUCUGCAUGCCGUGACAUUUCUAUCCUGUCACCUCUUAUUUGCCUUUUUUUCUAAACUAAAAGGCUCUAUAUGUGGAAACUUUUCCUCUUGGGAAGUUUCUCCAUUCCCUCUUUUUGGGGGAAGUUUCCUCUUUUGAACUCAAAUGUUCCUAUGUUGGAUUUUCUUGGCAAGUGGCCACUUACACGUUUAUUUAAUGUAAUAGUCCUAUGGUCACUCCUUCCUUUCAGUCCAGCAACACUUUACAUCUCAUACUUGGGCUUGGGCGCCACUUAAGAUUAAGUCCAGGGUUGCCAUCCCUCUGGUCGGUCCAAGGUCACAGUCAUUUAGGGUUUCUAUAAAUGUUACCUUUUUGCCAAGGCUGGCAUGCGUAUGUGUGUGAGGGUAGUUGUGUCACCCAUUAAUGCAUGAGUAUUUGAUCAGGGGACAAUAGCAUGCCCUCAGAACUAGAUAAUUUUUUGUAUGAUUGAAAAAUACUUUUUAAUAAAGUAUUACUUGGUUCUCAUCACCAGGCUGAGGAAUACGAUCACGUGGCAGCUGCAUCCUUGAACCUGGCAACCACCCCCUUCAAUGCAAAGCAAGACUUGGACAGGAUCUCUUGAGCUUUGGGGGUUCUUAAAAGCAGGAUGAUGCCCAACACCUUCCUUUGAGUCCUUUAUGGGUGGAGAGCAGCUGGGUUGGUGGCAAUAACAAGCAGUGACCCGUCAAACUUUUUGGACCCCCUUUUCUAGCCCACAAUAUGAUUGUUUGUAUCAUUUAUUGAGGGCGUCCCACAGCUGACAGCAGCCUAGCAAAAUAGGGAGCAUGUAACUGAAAUGCCUCACAUAUUUAUUUCAGGAGUCUUAGUCAGACUCCGUAGCUAGUAAAAUUGUACCGAUGUUCAUUUCUGCUCUCAUGUACGUUUUCAACUCUUUCAGCCUGUAAUGAACAAUGAUAAACACUGCUUUGAAUGUUACGGAUAUGACAUCAUCAUUGAUGACAAGCUAAAGCCAUGGCUUAUUGAGGUAAGCGGAGUUAUCUUGGCGUUGCAGGUUUUCUUUGAAAAGCAGCGUGGAAAAAGGGUCCUGCUCAUUGGCUCCUAAAGGAUUCCCCUUCACCAGACUCUGAAUGGGAAAGUCUUUGCUUUUGAGGAAUCCUACUCAUAAAAAGGUGUCUUAUAAUGAAUCCAGGCCGUUGGUCCAUCUAGUCUAGCACUGGCUGCCGUAGCUGUUGCUCUCCAACGUCGAUAUUUCCCAGCGCUGUUUCUGGAGAUCACUUCUCAUCAGAGAUCCCAGGAAUCGGCCACUCAGCUAUGCCCCUCCUCACAGAGAAGCCUUGCUGCCUCCUUGUAUGGGGCAUAGUGGAUGCUGAGCCCCUGAGCUGGGACUCGGGCUCUGCUGGCUCCUGCCAUAGGGGAAGUGGGAAAUGAAGCCAGGGCAACUAUGGUGACCAAACUACAGCAUCAUAGCACCUGGUGGAACUUCGCAAACUUGGCUGUCUCAAUUCAUGAAAAUCAGGGGCACGUUUCGAGAUCUACAACUCUGCAGAAAAACCUUGUUAGAUGAUGGGAAGGGAACCUUUGGCCCUCCCGUUGUUGCUGAGCUAGAACUCCCAUCGUUCUUUGUCCAUUGGCCAUGCGGGCGCUGAGUCUGAUGGAAAUGGGAGUUUGUGGAAGGCUCUUGCCAGGCAUUUCUUUCCCUGUCUUUAGGCACCAGGCAAAAACCUUGCUCUGUAACCAGGCCUUUGGCUAUUUGGACCUUCUGUGGCCUUUUGGUUUUGUUCUUGUUUUAUUCCGUAUUUUGUGUUCUCAUUUUGAAACUGCCUUGUAGCACUGUUUAAAAAGAAAAGCCUGACUAGCCUUUCAGAUACCUUUUAAUUGAAUAACUUGUGGAAGAAAUGCCUGAAGUAACUGAUCCUAUCGUUUGAAGUCUUGUUUAUUCAGUUACAUUUUACUCCAGGAAAACCCAUUUAUCCUAAAUAGAACCCAAUGGGGCCAACAAAUAUGUACAAAAUAUAUAUUUUUAAAUGCGAUCCUAGUCAGAUCCCAAUUUUGCAGGACGCUCUUAGAAAUAUGAAAUAAUACAUUUUUGGAAUUUUUAAUUCCUAGUAAUUUUUUAUCAUUCCAACCAUUUUUUUAAUUAUGUAACUUAAAGUAAAUCCAUCAUGUGCCAUAUCAAAUUAAAGCCCAUGAAGUUCUGAAGAGAUUGAUAUUUUUAGUUUGGAAAUAUCUCAAUUCUGAGCUGAGCUUUUAAGAUUUUUGUUUAGUCUGGCAAGGCCACAAUUGUCAGUUUUUUAAAAUUUCAAACCCCCACAACUCAAAAACGGGAUGAGAUAAAAAAGUAAACUUUUAGAUUUAAACUUAGUUCUGAUCACUCAACAAGUGUUCAAAAUUUUAAGAAAACGGGCCGAUAUGAGGUUAAAAAGUCAUCAAAAAUUGGGCAACUUGUUAUGAAAUGACCCUGAGGAGCUGUUGAUGAUUUAUCGUAUUUCUGUUUGUGGAAGAAUUGGUGGAUGUGAACUAUCUAUUUUUCUCCCUCCUGUGUACACUUCGUAGGUCAACGCUUCUCCAUCUCUAACUUCCAGUACUGCCAAUGAUCGUAUCCUCAAAUACAAUCUCAUUAAUGACACCCUUAACAUUGCUGUCCCUAACGGGGAAAUUCCAGACUGUAAAUGGAAUAAAUCUCCCCCCAAAGAAGCCCUUGGACAUUAUGAGAUUUUGUAAGUAUUAAUCAUAGAUAAAGCAAUUGUCUGAACCUCUGCAAGUAGAUACUUUAGGGCUGCCUUUUGACUAGUAUCUGAGUGUAACCUAGUCUUGGUGUUAACUCAGCAAAAACUCAGAUGGCACAUUAUUACUUAUUUCUUUUAUGAAUGACUUCUUAGAAAACAUUUCUGAGCAAUUUCAGACCAUGACAAAUCCAUAAUGCAUAAAAGCAUAAUGGUUCACAAGGUCUGUAGACUUAGUAUUUUUGUUAAAUCCUUCCCAAAGCAAUCCACAGGGAUCUCUACUGCAGAAAGACCCAUUUUAUGGUGGAAAAAAAUAGUCCCGUGAAAUACUUAUGCCUCAAACACUAAGAUCGCCUGAAUUGAGUCUUACUUAGGGUGCCAGGUGACUUAGCCAUUCCUGAUUCCAGCCUUGCGCCCUUGACCUCUGUACUGUACCACACAAUUUUUCUUCAUUAUAUCUGGUUAAAUAUGUCUCUUACAGUUGCAUCCUUCUGUGAAUAGCUGUUGAAAUAACAGCCAUUAUUCACCAGAUAAUCACAUUAUUAAGUACAGUGGUACCUCAGGUUACAUACGCUUCAGGUUACAUACGCUUCAGGUUACAGACUCCGCUAACCCAGAAAUAGUGCUUCAGGUUAAGAACUUUGCUUCAGGAUGAGAACAGAAAUCGGGCUCCAGCAGCGCAGCGGCAGCAGAAGGCCCCAUUAGCUAAAGUGCUGCUUCAGGUUAAGAACAGUUUCAGGUUAAGAACGGACCUCCCGAACAAAUUAAGUACUUAACCCGAGGUACCACUGUAUUUCAGAAUGUUGCAGAUUGCUGUGGCAAGUUAUAAAAGUGCAGUAGCUCUGAGGUUUGUUGCUGUUAAAAGUUUUAAGGUUCUUCUAGAUGAGCCAUUUGUUUCACUUGAGUGACGUCACCGUCUGUCAUUUAUGCCAUUAAUCUUGAAGCAAAAUGGAAAGUACUUACAUAGUAAAUGGCAGCUGAGGCUUUAGACGGUAGUGAUGCACAUCCCUGGAAGAAAUAGUGCAGUUGUCUGUAUUGACAGGACAUACACAUUAACAUGAAGCUUUCAAUUCAAAAUAACAAGUUCUUAUUCUUAUCUUCUGUCCUGUGAUAGAGCCAAAGUACAUAAUCAGCAGUAUAAUGGUGGUAUAGCUCUUCCUAAACUUCAGUGGCUUGUAUCACUGUAGACUACACACAAGAAGUGGAGAUUGUGUGUGUGUGUAUAUGAAAUAGGGAUGCUGGUGGCGCUGUGGGUUAAACCACUGAGCCUCUUGGCUUGCCGAUCAGGUCAGCAGUUCGAAUCCCCGCAACAGGGCGAGCUUCCGUUGCUCGGUCCCUGCUCCUGCCAACCUAGCAGUUUGAAAGCACGUCAAAGUGCAAGUAGAUAAAUAGGUACCACUCCAGUGGGAAGGUAAACGGUGUUAGUCAUGCUGGCCACACGACCCGGAAGCUGAGGACAAAUGCCGGCUCCCUCGGCCUAUAGAGCGAGAUCAGCACCGCAACCCCAGAGUCGUCCGCGACUGGACCUAACGGUCAGGAGUACUUUUACCUUUACCUUUAUAUAUAAAAUAUCUUCCCCACACAGGUUUUCUGCAUGCAGAAGAACCAGAAGUAUUCUCCUUCACAUGCUUCCAAUAUGCAUGGGGUUGGGGGAAAGGGGUUAUUGGUUGGUUGGUUUUUUGUUCUCAUUUUUAUCAUGUAUUUUUGUGUUGUGAACCAUCCUGAUAUUGUGGGUAGAAUAAUAAUAAUAGGCAGAUAAUUGGCAAGCAUUCAAUUCCUCCAUCUACAACCUGUAGUAGCAAAGUCUAGGAAGAGUGGUACCACUUUGUUCUGAUCAUUGCUUAGCCCACCUGUGAAUCCCAUGGGACAAUACUGACUUUCUCUUUUUCCCUUAGAUACGAUGAAGAGAUGGCACAAAGUGAAGUGUCAGAUCGUGAUUUGAGAAGUCGCUCUGGGCAGUCCAUUGGAUUGAAGGGAACUCGAGCCAGAGACACUGGAAAAUCAGGGCCCCUUACAUGGAAGUAGCUGCAGAAUGAACUGUAGACUGACGCUUCCUGAGAUUCAGGGCUGUGGUUUUUGUAGGAAGUUUGCUUGAAACGGAUGCUCAGAUUUUGGAUGACCUCCUUCCUGUUUGCAAAAUGCUCUUCUGGGGGAAGUAAUGUUGCGCAAAGAGGACAGAAUAGUUUUCUGUCCGGCAGUGACAAGUACAUUGAAGGACUGGACAAAAUUGGUUUAUUAGCAUGUAUAUAAACAGUUAUUAAUCAGUUCAUUGCAGUUUUACUGCGGGACUGUUAUGUUGCAUGUUGUAUGAAAUAGUUGUAUUAAUAUAUACUAUGAGUUAAUAUAAUUGGAAAUGAUCUUUUUACCGGUAAAUAAAUUACUGUGUCUUGCAAACAAGUCUUUGCUUUUCUCACACAUUGCUACCAUAGGGGUCCCCAAUACUUUUCCGUUCAGAGGCACUUGUUUUGUUUUGGACUACAAAAUACCCCCCCCAGCCCUCCCAAACUUACAUUUCAAUAAAUCAGCAGGGGCUGGAAACCUCAGUGGGCGCCAACAGCGUGAUGUGCCCCCAGGUGCCACAUUGGACCAAAUAUGCAUCUUGAAAUUCAUAUUUUGUAGGGAGAAAAGCUGUCUUUUUUUCUUAAUAUUUUACUAAAUUGUAAGAGUAUACUACUGAAAACACACAUACAUUUAUUUAUUUAUUUUUUUGCAAAAUACACCAAAAGACCAAAUCAGUAUGGUUCAUGUUCGAAAUGCCUGUUUUCAAACUACAUGUUUCCACUUCUAAAAUCUGCUUGUAGAAUGGGUGGGGGAACCUAAUAAAGCCUUUGUGUACUGGGGAUAUUGUGACAGGCCUGCUGUCAUGACUAUAUAUAGCAAAGACCGAUCUAUAAGCUGUGUGCUGAUACAGCAAUGCGUUUCUGCACAAUUUGAUGUAACGGCUGUUAUUGGUAGAAACGACGUCAGUGUUGAGUUUCAAGUAUCAUUCGCCAAUUGUUAAUCUGGCAAGCACACUAAGAAACUGGUGCAUUGCAGUGGGUUUGUCAGAUAGCAUAACAAAUUGCUACAUCAACAUUUAUUUUUACUCUGAGGUGCUGUGUUCUACUCUUAAUAGUCUUUCCAUUUUUGCUACUUAAACAUGUCUCUGCUUCAGUGCACUAAACCACAAUUGUAUGCAACUAUAGUAGCCACUUCUUUUAAGUCACAAACAUGCUGCUGUCACUACUAUUAGAUGCUACCUUUUGACUUUGGCCAGUUGGUUACCUCUCCUUAGUGAUUCUUCUAUUUUCCUACGAAGGUGGUCUCCGAGAGAGACAGGAAAAAGGACAUCAUGUAUGGGAAGAGAUGCAGCAAAGUAGUGAAUUUUUGCACCCCAAGUACACACAAUAAAGACAACUCCUGCGGCGUUAGCCGAUGUGAGACUGUGGCUCAAUACAGACAUCGAACCAAAUCAUGCUUUCCGAGCACCAAACUAGUUAAGAAGCCAAAUGGUACUUCAAGCUUCCAGACAAUUGAGUUUAUAUUAUCAUCAUUCUAUUUUACUAUUAUUUAUUGUAUUUGUUAGUCAUUUCUUAUAAGGUGACUUGCUUUAAGAUUAAUUCAAAGCACCAAACAAAGCCUAAGAAUCUGCUGUGUAAUGUUGGGGACAUUGAACAGGAUGGGAGAUAACUAGUGUGAAAGGGGAAGAUGGGAUUAAUGAGGAACGCCUUUGUGUUGUGGCUUUAAUUUUAAAAAGGCCUAUUAAUAGCUUUAAGGUUAAGAAUGUUUAUUUUGUGCAGUCUGCUUUGAAAUCCCUCCUGGAUUUCUCUGAGCCACUUCUUGGCUGGGAGAAAGCUGCUGUUAACUACAUUUGCAGUCCAAUUGUGAAUGUCAUGGUUGUGAUGUCAUGCAUAAAGGCAGGUGUUUCCUCCUCCAUCUCCCCAAACACACAUUGUUAGGAAAUGUUCGUGUGCCCAGAUAUUGGAAAGAAUUAUGCCGUUGUAAACAGAAGCAUUUUAUCAUUGUAGCAGAUACUUAACCUCCUGAGGAAUCGCAAGAUGGAUGCUGUAAAUACUAGCAAAGUUACCCCAUAUGUACAACUGGGCAGAAAAGCAGGGGGCUGCCCAGUUCACACCCUCGCCCACGGCACAGUGCAUGAUUCUUUUUUUAGAUAAUAAAAGUUUUUAUUGAUUAUUUUCACAUAACAAAUUAUUUCAACAAUUGUAUUUUCCUCCCUUCCCUCAGUUCCUCUUUCUGAUUUAUUUGCAUAUAUUGUUCUCUGCGUGUUAUGAGAAUGUAAAAAUCUCUAAGUUAUCCAUCUAUUAUGUCAACAAAUAAAUUUGUGCAUGUUUAUUCA